AGAGUUUUCUCACUGACUUGGAGUCUUGAACUGGAGCUUGAGAUCCUGCAGGUAACAGUUCGGAGCCGGGAAAGAACAGUAAGACAGUCGCACAUACAGAGAGGCACAGACGAGCGAUCGCUGUAGCACAGGCAUAUGGGGGUUGUGGAACUGACAGUCAGUGCCACAGGGGAUACAGCUCGGAACAUACGAGGGAUGAGAGUGACAGUAAGACAAUGGGGAGCGCGCAGACCUUGAAAGCCGAACAGAGCGAAUAGCGCAGCACUGACAGUCUCCUUAUAGACAUGAUGGAAGAGUGACAUUGGCACUGCCACUGGCUCCUCUCCUCUAUACACACACACAUACACACACUCACCCACACGCUCACACACACCGUUGUCUGGCAGGAUUGCUGCGCGCGUGGGCCGCCGGCUGACUCCCUGACCUGGGCUUUCGGUAUUGCAUCGGAAUUCUCCUUGGCCAGAGAGAGGGAGAGAAGAGAGGCAGCUGGAGUGGAACCUGCCCCAGUACCUGUGAACUUUCUAUUCCCAGCAGUUGUUACUGAGCUGCUCACCGAGGGGAUCUAUGGGCUUCUAUGUACCGCACAGCUAACGCCAUGGACUGAUUGGCAGUGCCCAGUUGGUUUGGGGACCCCUCCAGUAUUGCCCCUUGGGUAGAGUGGGCGUGAGGGGGAGAAUGAAGCAUCUUGCUGCGUUAGAGAAGCAUGAGGUGGCCCCGGUACAUCCGCUCUGACUGGGCAUUGCUGGUGCUAGCAUGGUUGGCUGUAAUGCCGUGUUUGACAGCUGCCACAGCAACAAUCUCUAAACAACAUGGCUUUACUCCUUCACCUGGUCAGGCAUCUUUGGACUGGUUGCUUAGCAACAGAGGACCAUUCCAUGGAGCCCAGCAAUACAUGGAGUUUACAGAGCGGUAUCAGCAAGGGUAUUCAACCAGGUAUCGAGUUCACAGGGAGUUUGGUCGUUGGAAAGUAAAGAACAUGGCCUUAGAAAAAAAAGUAUUCCCAAGCCUAACACUCUCUCCUGAGUUUGUCAGGAACAUCCGCCUUUUGGGAAGGAGGCCAUCUCUGUCUCAAAUCACAGAAACCUUGAUUAAAAAGUAUGGAACACAUCUUCUGCUUUCAGCUGUAUUGGGAGGGGAAGAGUCACUCACCAUGUUUGUUGAUAAGGGUAAGCUGAAACGUGAGUCUGUGGGACGGGGGAACACAUCUGCCCCUACUCUAGAUACAUUACAUCAACUGGCGUCUUCAUAUUUCAUGGACCGGGAGAGUGCACUGAGGCAGCUGCAUCACAUUCAGAUCACCACAGGCGCCAUAAAGGUGACAGAGACAAGGACUGGACCUUUGGGCUGCAGCAAUUAUGACAACCUGGAUUCAGUCAGCUCUGUGCUAGUAAUGGGCCCAGAAAGUCGGGUUCAGCUUCUUGGGCUACAGGCGCUGCUUCCUCAAUACCUACGUGCAAGGUUUGUGAGGGCUGCAUUGUCCUACAUUUCCUGUAAUUCCCAGGGGGAACUGGAGUGCCGUGGGGGAGAAUGCUGGUGCCGUUGUGAUCCUGCCUACCCACAAUGCAACUGUCCAAAAGAGGAAAUCCACCUUCUGGAGAAGAGCCUGGCACAGGCAGAGGAACAGAGUGCCAGUCAAAAUAAGGAAUUUGAGGAAUCAGUGGAAUUCCGUUCCUUUCUGAAGAAUCUACCAACAGACCGCUUCCUUAAUAGCUCUGCUGUGUCUAAGCUCUGGAAUGCUGAUCCUGCCCUUAUUCGGCGUUAUGAGCAGCUACGAACCAGCUUCAAGCAAUUUGUGACUAGAUCUGAACGCCAAAUGCGGCGUCUGAUUAACCUCAGCAAUUACUGCAGUCGCCAGCCUCAGUACACCCUACUCAGAGAGAGAUCUGUUGACUACUGGCUGCAACAAACCCAGUCUCUCCUCUACUGCAGUGCAUCCCUCAUCCCAGGCACAUUCCUGGAGGCUUCUCACAGUUGCACAUGCACAGUGCAGCAUUCUACCUGCCAGGGAACUAUUCCCUGCAUUCAGGGUCCUGGACCCUUGUGUUCACUUUGCUCAUCAGUACAUCAUUCUCAGUGUGCCAGUUGCAACACUGGAUACAUUUUGACAGCACAAGGCUUAUGUACGCCAUCAGUGCCUGAAUCUUCAGAACCUUAUCUAGGCACAGAGGGUACUCUGCAGGACCUUGAAAUAAAAUACUUGCUCUUAAAACGAGAUGGACGUCUAAGAGCCCCAGCUUUCUUUAUAUCUGGAGAUUUACGAUUAGGAGUGUGGUUUCAGAUGGGGGGAAGGAAGCGCAUGCUACUGACUUGCAAAAGUAACAAACAUUGGCCACGGCAGUUACAUAUGCUACUGGGCCUUUCACUUCGGCUCUGUCUAGCAGGUAAUGGAACAAGAGAUCCUCAAGUGACAGUCUAUGUCAAUCCCUUUGGGGGUAGUCACUCAGAAAGCUGGCUCUUGCCAGCAGGGGAGCCAGGCUAUCCAAGCUGGGAAAAAACUUGGGACUCUGAAGGGGGAGACAGAUGUCAGAAUUGGACAUUGAUACUAGGACAUCGUUGGAGGUCAUAUUUUGAGACUGUCCAUUUUUAUUUAAGAAGCAGUCCACUUGAGGAUGAAGAAGAAGAAGAAGAAGAUGAUUCUUCAGAAUGGACUAAGAAACAGACUCUGGAUGACAAAUCAGAUGAUCCUGAGUAUGUUCGCAUUGAUGGUCUUCAGGCAUUUGGUUACAGUGUGCCUUUUGAUCCUGAAGCUAUAAGGGGCUUGGCUCAUCAAUUAGAGCAGCCUGGAUCUCGAGAAAGUGCUCUCCCAGAAAUGCAGGAGCUGAGGAAGCGGGUGAAUUUUUUGUCCCCGCCAGGUGUUCGCAAAUUGGACCUCUUUACCUGCCUGCUAAGGCACCGACUGAAGAUGAGCAGCAAUGAGGUAGCAAGAAUACAGGGACAGCUAAAUUCAUUCAGUACUCAGCCCCUGAAUAUAUCCGCCUAUGAGACAACCAAACUCUGCAGCUAGAUAUCCCAACUAAUAUCAUGAUUUCCUAAAACUCAUUGUAGGUCUGAAUAAGAGAAUCAGGCCAGGGAGUUUGUUUAUUUUACCCAGAGGCAUUUAUACCCUUAAUCACUUUAGUGCCCAAAGAUCUGAAAUCUUUUUUUACUUGCAAAAUCCUGCAGUGCUAAUGUAGUUAAGCCAGUAAAACAAACACAACUAAGACAAAAGGCAACAAUUCAUUGUAAUAAAUAUUUCAAAGAUGUGAUCAUAUAAGAGAAGAGGCAGAGCUCUAAUGAUGAAUAAGAGAGUGAAUGCAAUUUAUGCAGGUAAACCAGGAGUGCAAUUAUCACUUAUAUAAUACUCACAUAUUAGAUGUCACAGUUUAAGCCAUAGUAACACCUUAAGAAGUAUCUUGGUAGGUUAAGCUGUGAACUGGAAACCAUUAAUCCGAAUGGUUAAAACAAAUCAAAAUACAAUAUUUAAAACUCAUCAAGGACUCAACAACUCUGCCUAUGUAUCGCUACAAUGCAAAUUGCAAGUACAUGGGCAGCUCAAUAAUAUUUUCGAAAAGUGCAUAAUUUCCACUUUUAUGAAAUAAUUGUCAUUUUCAACACCAGACUGUGACUAGUUUUCCCCUAUUUUUGUGUAGUCCAAAAGUAUACAAUCUCCUCAGAAUCCUAUAUGAUGCUGACCAGAGUCAUAUGCAGGGGCACAGUCAACUGGAACAAAGGAGUAAAUGGAGUUCAAUAUAUCUUUCUAAAAUGUACUAACUGAAAAAAAAAAAACUUAAAAAGCACAAGAAAAUAUAAGGCUCUGCAGUGAUUGGUGUGUGUUCAUGUUUUGAAUAAAUUCACAUUGUGUGUCUGGUGUGGACACAAGCGCUAGUGUGUGAUUAUGAAUAUGCAGAGGUUUUGUGUGUAUGGGUAUAAGAUAUCACAAGGAGGGACCACAGUACUCCCAAUGCAAUUUAGUUAUAUUUAAUUUCUAUGUAACCCUAGUAAUGAAUGCAGAUCUGUACCAAUGGAACAGAGGCUCAUUGAGUGACUGCCCUGAGAUUACAGCCAGUGUUGAAAUAAGUGUCUGUAAACUCAAAGCAGAGAUAAUGUGGCUUCUCCAAUGUCAAACGGAGAUGGUAUUGGUAUAAAUACAUUUUAUCAAUGGACGCAGAUUGAGCUAAUUAUGCACUGAUGGGAAUAAAAGAGCAUGACAAAAGAUUAUGGGUUAUUUCCUAAGCCAUACGGCAUAUAAAGGCCAUUUAUUUGAAUGGUCCAUCAGGUGAUUUAUAUUGUUGUAGCCAAAAAAUGGUCAGUGAAAGAAUGAUUUGCAGUGCAAAGAUUAAACAUUGGGCUCAGCUACACAUUGUAGUUCUCUGUUAUUUAUAAAGUUAUCCAUUGCUUCUUUUGCAAAUGCAUUUUUUAAAGGUAAAGCAACUGAAAUCUAAUAGGUUUGUUUUUAAUUACCCACUUUUCUUAUCAUGCCAGCUUUACAAUAUUUCUAGCAGCAGCAACCUCUUUAAAUGUCUGUGAUAUAAAAUUUCUCUAUUAGCACCCCU